UGGUGCAGGACGGUGUACGUCGCUCUCGCUCCCUCCCUCGCGCGAGCCCCCCGAGCUUGGCUCGCUUUCCCUGGCAUCUGCGUCCUUCCGGCUGGGACGAUCCUCUGGAGAAGACGAGUGUGUCUCUUUGGGAUAAUUUAGUGGUGUUGCUGGCAGUACCUGUGAUUCUUUUCCUGAGUGAAGUGUUUGAAGAACUCUUCGAAAAGGGCCACCUGAAACGGAUUAUGUAAUUAGAACCAACUUCCCCUUCUUUUCAUAGACUGAUUCAUCCACUACUUAGAAUAUAUAGUUUAUGUAACACGAUGCCUAAAGAUUAGUCGUAUCCCUACUACGGAAAAUAAAACCACAAGCAGAAAACUAUCCACCAUUUUUUCUUUGCAUCUGGAAUCCCAAACUUACGUCUGCCUCUGAACGCAGGUAGCACAGCCUCACUCAUUAGGGAAUCGUUUCCGGCAGUUACCCCUCAGAAUCGAAGAAGAAGAAAAACAUUGUUGUAUGGUCUAUACUCUAAGUGAUCCCCAUAAGUGAUAUAUCUUACGUGCAGUGGUCUAAAGAGCAUAUUUAUCACGCACAGUGUUCCGUUAAAAGAAAGUGAUUAGUAUACAGCAACUUGGAAGUGACAAAACUGAAUACCAUCGACGUGGAAAUGUUUAACGUCUUUUAAGGCUUAUUGAACGCAUUCUGGCAACCAUUCAGAAAAGAGAAGAAAUCUGUUAGUUCUUGACCACAUAAAAUAUUUGACAAGAAAAAAAAUACCUUGCCUACACGAGUGAGUAACCCAAGCGUCAGAUAUCCGCGAAGGUAACCACCGAGGAAGGUAUCCCUGUUACCUGUGCAAAAGUGAUAGACGGUGUCGCGUAACUGCUCUCGCAUUCCUUCCCCUCACAGACGCCCAUCGGUAACCAUGGAAGGACCUUUAGCCAAUAUGAGGGGGUCCUUAGCCUCUCGUAGACUUCACUGGUUCCUUACUUUGAUCAUAUACUGGCAGUUCCUCACUCGGCAUAUUGUCUCACCUGCCUUCAUCUCACAUGCGCAAGAAACAGCUGCUGACACGACGCAGGUAGAGGUGGUGGAAGGGUACAACGCCUCGCUUCCCUGUUCUAUCCACUCUCCUUCACACGACACUCCCGUCCUCACGCUGUGGUACAUUGGCACUGACGAUACCCCCGUGUAUAGCUACGACCAACGGCCCAACGUGCGCGGCGGGACGGAGUGGUCGGACGCGCUGGUGUUCGGGUCGCGGGUCAAGUACCUCCCGUUCGAGCGGCCGCCCGUCCUCCUCCUCACCAACGUCUCCACGAUGGACGCCCGACUCUACCGCUGCAGGGUGGACUUCCACAAGUCCAACUCGCGCCAGGCGUGGAUCAGGCUCUCGGUCAUAGUUCCCCCUUCCAAGAUUGAGGUGAUCCCACGAAUAUCUCCCGUGGAGCUCGGCCAGAGAGAUGACGUGGUUUGCAAAGUGACGGGAGGUUCCCCUCUGGCAACCGUGGUAUGGCUUCAAGACGGGCAGGUCGUCGACAGGAACACCACGCAAGGAGAGACAAGUGCAUUUAACAGCCUCAGCAUCCCAGCAUCAAGGAAAGAUUUAUCUCAUUCCUUCACCUGUAAGGGGUCGAAUAAUGAUGCUACGCCCCCGCUCGUGGUUACUUAUAAGCGUAAUGUUAAUUGCGGUCCCCUCAGCGUCACCAUCACCCCCGAGGAGAAGCCCAUCGUCGCCGGCCGUCUCGCGAGGCUCCAGUGCACGGUCGUGGGGAGCAACCCGCCGCCCACCGUGACCUGGUAUCAGCAGGGGCAGCAGGUCACGCCUCUGCAUACUCAGGUGGAGGUCGGAGACAAUAUGACCGUGAGUGUUUUGCUGUUGCAAGUGACUCGAGAGCAUCACCGGAAGCAGCUGGUGUGCCGAGCUCAGCAUCCAACUCUUCCUCUUGACACCUUGGAGGAUAUUUUCACCCUUAACGUCUCUUGUAAGUGUGGCUUGUCGGCGAGAUGUUUGUACAUGUUGUAG